GGUUGCUGUGACAUGGUAAUAUUUUUUGAAUGGCACCGGACAGCCGUGGACCAGAAGAGCAGCAGUGGUUUGCCAAUGACUGGUGAAGACACUGGUUUGGGGGCUUUGGCCUCACCACUGGCGGGGUAUUUGGGAAAAGUCAGUAGAGCUCAUGCUUUCCUCUCACUGUUGUCACUUGCGCAAAGCUGAAUUACAUUUGAAAAAUACUGUGACUGGGCAGUACCAAUCCAAAUUACACCAAAGAAAACAACACACAAAUGGAAAUCGUAAAGUAAAAGGCGAAAGUUUUUGGGUGGGCUUGAAGCCUACAAUAAUGUGGAGAGUGACUGAAUGAAUGAAUGAAAUGUUGAAUGAAAAUGUGUUUAUCUGAAAGAAAAGAAUGUUUUACUAUUCUGCUUUCUUUUAUGUUUCAAAUAUUUUGAUAUCUACUGAGUCUCUAUAAUUUCACUUCACAUGUGCCAUUCUGUCUCAAUAAACUGCAGCUCACUGAUACUGAUGAACAAAAAUCUGAGGCCAUAUUUAAAAAGCAAACAGUAAAACACAAAUUUUACCUGAGAGUUACUGUCAACAGUUCUUAUUCUUGCAUGUAUGCUCCACUUCUGCAAGGUUCAGGAAAGAGCUGCUUCACUACAGUAUUGUCCCUGGUGUACUUCUAAGGGCUUAACCUAUGCUCUGCGCUCUUACCGAAUCAACCUCCAGGAGUCAAUCACCCUCUGCACAAACCCACAGUGCCUUUUCCCUCUGGUCAGCCAGUCCUUGGAGGAUGUUUUGGCUAGCCUGGAUCCCGUGGAGCCCACGGUUGGGAACAAAAGGAAAAAUCCCCUGCCACUGGAAAAGGAAGAGUCGAUUAAACAUUCACCAAAACGUUUGCGAUCAAGUGAACCAGACGGUCUUGGGAUACAAAGUGUCACCGACACACUUAUCAGCCAGGAAGAGCAUUGUGCUGUAAACGCCAUCAGUAAUGGCCCAGAUGCAGCACCCUUGGCAGAUGGUAAAAAGGUAAACGGAUACCACAGGGAUAUCAAUUGUCCAGUUGCGGAGAUAACAGGAUGGGAAUCACUACAGGAUGAGGAGGAUGAACCUGACAGUUCUGCUGGUACAGAGGGUUCUGCUCCUUCUACAUGCUCAGCCUCAGCUGGACCCCUGCAGAGCUCAUCAGAAGCCUUGUUGACCACGGAUGGGGACAGUGGUGCUUUUAGUAUAUCAGGGGCAAACCGUGACUUCAGGCAGGUGAAGAGUCAUCCUGAGGUGCUGAGCAGACGGUGCAAUCUGGCCUCCAAUCAGUCAGUCUGCACAAAUGAAGACAUUUAUUCAAAUGAAAUCAAUACUCCAUCGCCUCAGCUCAUUGAGCAGACAGCAAUGACGAAACAGAAAUCACUGACUGCAGACAUCACCACAUCUAAGGACAUUGAAAGCAUUAAGUUAGAAACACAGGAUUUGUCCUUUACCUCAUUAACAGAGUCAGAGGAGCUUGUAUCUGUUCCGAGUCAGCUUUUCUGGAGAAACACCGACAACCUGUGUUGGCUGGACUCACUGCUUGUUGCUUUGGUAAACUGCAAGAGCCUGAGAAAGUGUAAACCUAGAGAUGAGUCUCAGCAGUCAUCUGUCUGGCAGCUAAUAAGAGGAUAUGAAGACAUUUGUGCUGCCAUUCAAGUUCAUCAACAGACUGACAAAGAUGGUGUGAUGAAGGUGCCAAAUCAUGUGCUGCAAAAGGCCAGUGCAGACCUACAGAGCCUCAGGAUGUCAGUCUUUAAACUACUGCAGCCCAAGCUGCACUGCAUACUGGGUCAGAGGGAAACUCCAGUGUUUGCCAUGCCGCUUCUGCUUGCAAUGGACUCUUGGGUGGAGCCUCUGUUCCAAUCCACCUUCCACUGGGAGUUCAAGUGCAGUGAAUGCAAAGCUGCUACAACAGAAAGGAUUAUGAAAACUCUUCCCACCUUCACAAAUAUCGUGCCCGAUUGGCGCCCACUUCACGCAGUUCAUUCAUCCCCGUGCAAUGUAUGCCACAAAAAGAAUCAACGGAGGACUAUGAUGCUGGAGAGUGUGCCUCCAGUGUUUGUGUUGCACUUUGUAGAGGGGCUUCCUGACAAUGAUGUCAGAAUCUACACCUUCAACUUCAAGGGGAAACGCUACUCUGUCACCAUGGUCAUACAGUACAACCAUCAACUGAAGCACUUUGUCACCUGGAUUUGUAAUUCUGAUGGAUCAUGGCAGGAAUAUGACGAUUUGAAGCACCCAGACUGCAAGACCCAUCAGAAACUCCCAGUCCCUGCUCAGGAGAUGCACAUCAUCUUCUGGGAGGUGGAAGAGGACAAAGAGCCUUGUGUCUGUUCUCCCUCCAGCACAUUUUCUGACUAUCUCACAUCUAAAAAUACGAUGAACCCCAGUCUAUGCGACAAAGACUCUGCGCCAGAUGAAUUGUUGGCUUGCUCUCCUGAUCAGUCUCUUCUCGUACCCCACAAUGACACUGACAUUGUCUGUGCACUCUCUGUAUCUAAAGACAGCAACAUCAUGGACACGACCGACACAGCCGGACUCGAUGCGUCGAUAGGUUCCACAACGCUGCUCGACACCUUUGAGGGCCUUAACCAUAAUGACAUCAUUACACUCACAUUGGUGGAGUUAAAUAAUGAUUCAGAAAUGCAGCCCUUGAAUGGCAGCGAACAGACUCAGGAUUUGAGUGCACCCAGCAAGAAUGAAAUACUUGACGUAUCACCGGAUAGCUCCUCCGCUGUAAUGGUCGGUGAAAUGUGUCACGGCCCUGAUGUCGAGCCUCCCACUGCUGCCAGCUCAUCUGAAUCUGCGGAUGGCUCGUCUAGCGAUCCAACAUUCGUGCCCGGUGCUAGGAGAGGACAAGGGAGAAGACUUGGCAAAGGCAAAGCUGUUACUAGGCAAAAAGGUAAAAAAGCAGCCUCAUCAAAAGCAGCUCCACUUAUUUCACCACCUGUGUCCUCUGAGCCCUCCAAAGUGAUCAGAGACAAACUCACAGGUGCUGCUGCUGCUCAGGAAAACACACCACCUGUUGAAACUACACAGCAAACGUCCCCUGUGAUUUCUACUGAUACCCCACCCCUGUCCACCAGUCAGAAAAGUCCCACGUUGCCACCAACAUUAGAUCAGAACGCCCGCUGGUCCUUCCUGCUCAGCAAACACCCACUAAACCUUGUUCACAAAUCCGUUGCGAAACUCGCCCCCACCCACGCACCCACCUCGGUCACACAAGUAAACCCCACUCCUCCAACUCACUCUACUCCCAACCCUGUGAGGAAACAGCAGAUCCCUGGAGGACUCUUCCCUAAACCACAGCUCAGGACAGAAGAGAGUGAGGGUCUCCCGCUGAAAGCUGCAGAAAUGUACGGUGCAUUCAGUGCCAAGAGCUCAAACGCGCUGAAUCCUCUCCCGUCAGCCACACCACUCAAUGGCAAAUCAAAGCUUGCUCCAUCCAUCACGUCUCACCACCAGAAAUCACUAAUGACCUCAACAGUGGUGUCUGGCACAUUGCUCCCUACACUGAAAGCAAAGGGGCUCCCUGAGAUCUCUUCCUCCAAGAAACAGAGCAGCCACUCCUCAAAGCUGCCUCCGGGUCUCAGCAGCACUGAGCUCCUCAGGUACAAGCUGAUGAAGAAACUGAAAGCCAAGAAGAAGAAGCUGGACAAGCUGAAUGAGCUGCUGGGUGUUCAGGGGGGAGCCAGCCUCCGACCCGACAGCACUGACCUAGGUUCUCCCAACGCGGUCACCUCCAGCACCUACGACAGCUCCACCUGCGACGACUUCCUCUCAGACCUGCUCUCACCAGCGACGACAGCCAGCAACCUAUCACCAGACAGCACAGGCUUCCUAGAGAUGGUCGUCAACGGACAGGACGGAUUGAACCAGCUCGAAUGUGGGAGUAACGCCAUUGGGGCCGUGUGUCAGACAAACAUUUCUAUGAACAGAGGCGACACUGAAAAUUUCAUGGAUGAGUUUCUCUCGCAGGCUGUGGCUCAGAGACCGACUGAGAUGGAGAGCGAGGCGUUCAGUGCACUCGAACUCUUCUUUUAAGCUGUGAGGAUGGUUGCUAUCUGCAUGCUGCAAGCACAGAUAGGAUUAACUUUGACUUACUGUUGUGAGAAAAUUAUGCAAAAUUGAGUUGUUAAACUAUCUACACCUCAUUUGUUAGUAGGGAUGGGCUCUGAUGGCCGGUUCCAUUUAGAAUCCCGUUCCAGUUUGGUAAAAUAUUACGAUUUGAUCCACAGCUGAUGAGUCCCUUAUCGAAUCCUUCAUUCUUUAUCUAGUUGGUUUAUUCUAUAUCUAGUUAGUUUAGUCAAGUUAGUCUCUCUCUUUGACACUACAGUCAUCACUAAAGAAAUAAAAGACAUAGACACAUGACAAGUCAGUGAUGCUUCUGUUAAGACCACACAUGGCAGACCGGCUUAAACAUUUAGACCAAAAUGAUUCAGGACAGGUUUAAUGACCAGUCAUGUUACUAACAUGAGUUAGAAUAAGUUUAUGUUUUUUAAAUAUGAUGUUAUAUCUUUUGUAACACAAAACAAUUGAGGUUCUUAUUGUUACUGCACUGAGUUAAAUAGAAGCAGCAUGUUCUCCAUUAAGCAGACUACCUAAAAAGAUUCGAUAAGGGAUUCAGAACUGGACUCAGAUUCGAUAAAAUGCUAUUGAACUCCAUCCGUAUCCACCAGUCAGAUAUGGUAGUUCGUCCCUACAUGAAGUUGUAGUCUGCAAGUUUAAACUAGCAGAAUCUCUUUGUGUAUUUAUGUUGCUAUUAAUUUAGAUAACUUCAUGAAGUUUGUAUGCAUGUCAACAAUGUUGGCAAUGGUAUGUUGAACCAUGGAUAAAAUUUGUAAAUUGCAUCUUAAAAUGUUUUCUGGAAGUUUGGCACUUUGUAGUUAAUAUAUACUGUUUGUAUCUGAGUUGUAUGAAGCCAUCAUGUUUACAGCCAAAGCUGUUUGUUGGACUGUUUUCUUGUUUUGACAAAUUACUUGAAAAUUCUCAUGAAAGGUUGUUCUUUUUUUUUAGUGUCAUUUAAUAAAUACUUUAGAUGACUCGUGUA